AUGCCAUACCCUCCAUAUAUAGAGUUGGCCCGACGCUUGCAGCUUUCCACGGACGUUUUCAGCGCAGAGCGCUUUUCAGGCUCUCUUGUAUACUAUUCCACUGCAUCCUACCUACAAGCUCUUCCUCGGUUUUCCAUCCACACGCUCUUUACCUAUAUCAUGUCCCUCCAUGGAAUACCCAUGACCUCGCCUACACAAACUCUUACGGAGUCCCCGGCUCAGCAGAAGAACACGCCACGCGUUACGUCGUUUGCUCGACGCAUACACGGCUGGUCAUGGCAAGCAUUCCCUGUCGGCAUGGGCACUGGCGCGGUCUAUGUCACAUUGUCCAGUCUGAAGCACCGUGCGGGGUUCCUUCAUCAAGUAGAAACUGUCUUCUACUUUUUGAACAUAGCACUCUUCUUGAUUAACACGUCAUCUCUUCUUCUACAAGCCAUCCUCUAUCCGAAGAAGGCCUUUCGAUUAUUGAAAGGGCCGCAUACUGGCAUUUUUGUGCCGUUGUUUGUCUUAUCACUCGCGACAAUCAUCAUCGGGACAGUCAACUACGCUGUUCCGUCAGGCCAUGUCAGCCCAGAAGCCAUAUACGCGCUGUUCUGGGUUUACGUCGCAUUAGCAGUUCUUGCUUGCUUUGCGAUGCUAAUGAUAUGGUUCAACGAGCCUCACGAUAUCGCACACUUUUCGCCUGCCUAUGCAUUCUUGGUGUUUCCCAUGAUGCUGGUCGGCGUCGUCGCAUUUUCUGUCUUGAAGGUCAUGGAUAUCGACGAUAGCAGGUGCCUUGGCGUUCUCCUCACUGGCUACUUUUUCCAAGGGCUCGGAUUUUUCAUGACCUUUUUCUAUAUCUGCAUCUAUAUUAUCCGUCUUAUAAUGACUGGGUUUAUGCAAGGCCAUCAAGCUAACGGGGCCUUCGUCGCUUGUGGACCACCGGGAUUUACAGCACUUGUCUUGAUCAACCUCGGCGAAAAAUCACGGCAAAUAUUGCCACACUAUAAUCUCUUGUCUGAAAUCGCCGGCGAAGUAUGGUAUGCAGCCAGCGUCAUGGGAGCUCUCCUCCUCUUUGGAUUGGCUGUAUUCUUCUUCUUCUUUGGUGCCCUUCCGUAUUGGUUCAAGGUUCACAAGCGGUUGGAUGAGAUUCUGGGUUGUUGGGCCUUGACAUUUCCUAAUGUUGGCUGGAUUGUUACUCUCCGACUGCUCGGCGACAUCUUCCAUAUCCAUGGAUUCCACAUCAUCCACGUCAUCAUGUGCAUCGUGAUGUUCACCACUUGGGCCAUCUUAUUCAUCUUAACUGUUGUGGCCUUCGUGAAAGGGUCCAUUUUCAGUUCGAACCCCGAAGACGUUGUGAAGGAUGCUGCCACCUACUUCGAGGGCAAACGAAGUUUCGAGAGCUCCGAGUCUGAUCGGGAGAAACAUGUAGUGUGA